AUGUCGAACCAGCAAUCUUUCCCCGACGACCACUUUCAUUACGGUUGUUUCCCUCGAGCAAGCCGAAGAGGUACACCAACAGGCGGCAACAACAACAACAAUAACAAUCCGCGACGCGGACUAUUUCAUCUCGGACAGGCGCCUGACUCUUCACUAUCUUCCCAAAUCCCCCAGCAAGAUCCCACGCAGACGCACACCGAUCCGAGCAUAGCACACUUUAGUCAACAAGGUUGGCAGACUAAUCAAGCACACCAGCAGGCCGUCCCCUUCUCUCCUGAUCCCCGAUACCAGACUCAACAACAGGCCGCGUACGGCUCAUAUCCGUCUCGCUCAUCGCCGAACAUGAUCGGAGCCCCGCACGAUUCGCGUAUAUUACCUCCUCUUAAUAUGGGUCAAUCGCAGAUGCCCCCACAUAUCCCUAUGGCGCCUGCUACCCAAGUUCGCUCACCGACUGGUGGCUAUCCAACCUACGCUCCCUAUCCUCAGCAACAGCCCAAUCCUUACGGCUACCCCACUGCCCCCGAUCCUCGCCAACUACCCCCACCCAUCCCUGCCAUGAACCCAUACGACGCGUCAUCAGGUCUCGGUCAUCGACGUGGCUCCCUCGUCGAGAGGUCAAAUCCUAUGCGUCCUGGCGGGCACGGAGCUUCUCCUUACCCACGCGUCCCCUCCGCCGCUCCCCACGUCCCCGAGCCUCCGGUAGAGCCCGUGAAGAAGAAACGUAAGCGGGCGGAUGCCGAGCAACUCAAGGUUCUCAACGAGACCUACAACCGAACAGCGUUCCCCUCGACGGAGGAGCGUAUUGAGCUCGCCAAGAAGCUGGGGAUGUCGGCGCGCAGCGUUCAAAUAUGGUUCCAGAACAAGCGGCAGGCGAUGCGCCAGAGCUCGCGCCAGGCGGCGGCCAGCGCACCGCCAACGACAAGCCAGCCAUACCCGGUAUCAACUCACUCCACCUCUACCUCCACCACACCAGCCCCGCAAUCCCAAGGGUACCCGAGCUCGAUGACUGGCGCAUCGAGCGCGAGUCAGGUAGGGUACAGAACACCGCGCCCUUCGAGCGACAUGGGUGGCAUGCACACCGCUGUAGGCCGCUUAAACCCAUCACCAAGCCCGUCUUCCCAUCGGAGGAGCCACGAGGAAGACCCGCACAGACACGAUGUCCGGCGAUUCUCCCCUCCUCCGUUCUAAUCGCGGUCCCAUCGCACCUCGCCCUCGCGUACCGGGCCACACGUCCGUGUGGCCACGUCCUCACCUCACGCCCCUUCCUCCCCUCCGUCCAUUCUGGCCGCCUCCGGACGCCAUGGGCAUCCCGCGACCUGCGCUCCGUCAUUUUCACCGUCAUCGGUCCCGGCCGUUCUGCUCCCGUUUCGUCCGAGUCCGCCUCUUACCAAAGGCCCGUUUCCAACGCCUCCCGUUCGCGCCCCGUUAUUUGCAUUGAUCUUCCACGUUGCAAGAUCGUGUAUUUAUGUAAGGACCUCGCCCCGCAGUGACUUUCCAGCCAGGACAGUCCUCCGUUACGUUCCCUCGUCGUUAUCGCACGCCAUCGGAUUCGCCGCUCUCACCCGUCAGUACCCUCCGCCUCGGCCUCUCACCAUCGUCAUUGCAUCGCAUCUAUCUCGUCCAUCUCGCCCAUCACGUUUCCAAUACCGC